AUGGAAGUAUAUAAAGACGAAUUAGAAAUGUAUAAAAGAAGAUAUUUCCUAAAUAAUCCGACUUCCACAAAAGAAGAAGAGUCGCUAGCUGUCAUCAGAAAAGCGGAGGAGUAUAUCCAGAACACACUCCCAUCUCUAGUCAACCAAAAUCGUGCUUACGACACCAAUCAGAAAGCUUUCCUGCUAUCGGAAGCCGGGAAGUUGUAUAAUGUGCUGGAAGAAUACAGUGAAACCGCAGAAAAAAUGCUCAGCAAAGCUGUUAGAAUGAAUCCCAAAAACGCGGACACAUGGCACGAAUUGGGUCAGUGUGUUAUGAAACGACUUGAUUUAGAAUUCGCACAGUCUUGUUUCACAAUUGCACUGGGAAUCACUCGGACCGCUCCAAUUCUAACGUCACUUGCUGUAGCGAUGAGAUUAGUUGCGCUGGACCAUCCUGAACCAGCUCAGACGGAAAUGCGCACGAGAGCAAUGGAACUGAUAAUAGAAGCCCGACGUCUAGACCCUUCUCACGGUCCAGCCAAUAUCGCUUUCGCCACAGGACUAUUCUAUGCAUUUUUCAGUACAGCGAAAGUGGAAUUACAAUAUUUGGAUAAAGUUGUCGAAAACUAUCAAAAAGCAGCCACGUCAUCGAAUUCAGAAUUAUCACGAACUGAUCCACAAGUUUAUAUUAACAUGGCAACCUGUCUGAAAUUCAUGGAGAAGUAUGAUGAAGCACUGGAAUCGUUGGAGAAAGCAGCUGAAUACGACGGGAGAAACGAGUUGGAAACGAGAGAAAAACUUGAAGCAUUUGUAAAGUAUUUAGUGAAAUUUACUGAUUGUGUUGGCAAAAAAGGGAGGAUGAAGCCGAAAAGAUUGAUAGAAAUGGUGAAUGAAUUGAAGAAAAGUGGUGGUGCAUCUGAUGGAUUUCGACUGAAAAUUAUUGGAAGUGUUGGACAUGACGAGACGAUUCCAGUCGCUCUUGUCGGCGUCGAUGCUACUGGUGAUGUCUACGGUAUCACCAUUUAUAAUUGUCUCUCGAAUUUUGGAUUUGUCAUUGGGGAUACUGUAACGAUAGCGAGACCGGAUUUCAGAGAGAUCAAGAAUCUCCGAAUUCCAUCUGACCCGCCAAAUCAUGUUGAUUCGUUGAAAUGGAUUCGUGUAGCCACACCUACACAAAUCAAGAAAAACGGAGUUCCUCUUCCUGAAUCUGUUCUUGCCAGAGCAAUAGCCUCUACCCAAACUAAAUAA